AUGUUUUUGCACCGAGUUGAUCAUUUUGGGAUAUCUUGGGCAUCCUCAAACCUACAGAUUGGCAUACAGUGGCAUUCCAGCAGGCACUUCUUCACUCAGUAUAAGCUGGGGAAGAAGCUCGGAGAAGGUGCCUUUGGACAGGUCCGCCUCGUGGUCGACAGGUCCACGCAAAAGGAGCUCGCGGUGAAGAUAGUGGAUGUUCGCGAACGUGAUGAACAUGGUGCUUGCAGCGGCGCCGUCAGCAAGAGCCGUGACCGAGUCACCCGAACAGAGGUUGACCUCUGGGCGAAGGCCAGCGGGAACGACUGUGAAUACAUCGUCAAGCUUCACAAGAGCUUUGCCGAGAAAUCGUUGUAUUACAUGGUCUGCGAGAAGUGUCAGUGCUCCUUCAUGGACAGACUCGUGGAGGCCGAGUCGAUGUCGGAAGCUGACCUGGCGAAGAUAUUUCGACACAUGCUUCUGGGGGUCUUCCACACCCACGAAGUCGGCAUCGUCCACAGGGACAUCAAGCCUGAUAACUUCCUUUGGGGCGGCCCAAACAACAGCAUCCUCAAACUUUGCGAUUACGGCCUGGCAGUGAUGAUGCCCAAAGCCGGAAAGCUUAGCGGAGUGUUUGGCACGGCACCCUACAUGGCUCCAGAAAUGCUGCGGAACGAAGGCUACGACUUCUUGGCAGACGUCUGGUCCAUAGGCUCCGUGGCUUACCUCCUGGUCUUCGGAAGCUUUCCGUACUCGCCUUCUGAGGCGAGUGCACCGGCGAUGAAGAAGGCCAUUAUCGAGGAUCAUCCGCCUCUCCAUUUUCCUGCUCUGAGUGAUGCCCAGGGUGUCGUCUCCGGCUCGUUGGUGGGGGCGUUAGACUUCACGAAGAUGUUGCUGAAACGCUCAGCCAAGCAGCGGCCAACAGCCGCAGAGGCGUUGCGGCACGAAUUCGUGGCCGAGAAGGUUGUGAAACUUCCUGAUGCCAACGAGUUUGACCCAUUGUUGCGCAACUC